AUGUCGGAUAGAAGGAGGAUCACUGCCCCUGGAAAUACAUAUUUCCCACGAGUGGGAGCCGAAAACAAAACUUCAACCAGACCCAGAGAUAGCAAUAACACACCUGCUUCAUUUUAUCUCACUUCUAACAUAGUACUCAAUGCUAAUGGAAGUUCAUAUUUGGAAGUAGAUAAGUUCAUUAUUCAAGCACAAGUGUUUGGCCCUCGACCAAUCAAAGGGUCGUAUAUGGACCGAGGUUGUGUUUCUGUUGAAUGUAAAUUUCUGUCUCUGAUACGACAGAAUGGUUCAGACUCCAAGUCGAUGUCUGGACUCGAACACAGAAUAGCCAGUUUUGUCGAGACAUGCUUGGUGCUGUCGAUAUUAUUAGACAAGUAUCCCAAAUCUACUAUAGACGUAUUUAUAAAUGUGUUAGCCGCUGAUGAUGAUGGCAUAGAUGAAAGCAAGAUCCAAAGAUUGACGGCAUGGAUAGUCAAUUGUACUAGUGUUGCGAUUGUUGAUAGUGGUAUAGAAGUAAAAGAUAUAGUAACUUGUGGACAAACAUUGGUUGGUGAUGAAGGGACCUUGAAAGUGGAUUUACAAGGCCGAGGAUUGCAAGCAUUAGUAGCCAUUAUGCCCAUGAGAAACGAUGAGAUUGUUGGGCUAUGGAUGGAUGGAUCGAGUAAAGGUACGACUGACUAUUCGUUGGCCAUGGCUUCCUCUAUUGAGAUGGCAAAGACAGUGCGAAGUAAUAUAAACUCUUAUUUGCUUCAAGAUCAAUAA